GCAUUUUUCAGUAUCAGAAGGUGAACAGCAACAAUAAACAUGUCAUACAGAGAAUUAAGAAACUGCGCGGAGAUGCUGCGUUCCCUGGGCUUCCGGCGCCUCAUCUCCGUCGAGAACUUCCGCAGCCCGAACUUCCCUUUGGUGUCGGAGAUCCUGGUGUGGUUGGUCGGGCGGUUCGACCCCUCCGCCGACCUCCCGACCGACGUGGACACCGAGCAGGAUCGGGUCAUCUUCGUCCGGUCCGUGGCGCAGUUCAUGGCAGCGAAGGCCCACGUCCGCCUCAACACCAAGAAACUCUACCAGAGCGACGGGUACGCCGUGCAAGAGAUCCUGAAGGCGCUGACGCUGCUGUACGACGCCAUCCAGAGCAACGCCCAGAGCCGGAGGGACUUCGACGACCCGACGGAGACCACGCUCAACUUCGACGUCUCGAAUAAGAGUAUGAGGUCGAGAGCUACUGUAUUGGUCCUCCUGCUUGUUACCCUUGCGGCUUUGGAAGUAGGAGGAGAACCCGAGCGUAAGUUCGAAGGCAUCUCCCUGCUUUUUUACUAA